AUGAACGGCUGAGAUUACAUUUUCUAUUUCUAAUACCAAACCCUAACCUAAACUUUGAUUUUAAUUCUUUUUGUUCUUCUUCUCAAACCACCCCUAGCGCCGCCUCCCUCUUCUCCUUUCUCUUCUCCCUCUCUUCACCGCCUCCACCACCACUCCACGUCGUCGUCUUCUCUUCGCCGAAGACAACUGCAGCAGUCACGCCAACAGCUGCAGCAACCCGCAGCUCUGAGCAGCAUCCACCAUCGACGCCACCAGCAGCUCCCACCGUCGCGUCGCUCUCCUCCAGCGAACAAGCAGCACCUCCGGCGGCAGCCUCCGACGAGCACCUCUCCUCUCACAUCACCACGACGAACUACAGCAGCCACCACCGUCGCUCCUUCUCCUCCGGGUUGCUGUCCAGCGAGCAGCAACCACACGAACAACACAUCGGCAGCAACCAGCGACGUCGACGACGCACAGCUGCAGCGACGGCAGCUCCUCAGCAACACCGCCACGCACAGCCACCGACGGUUCAAAGACGGAUCUACAAGAUUCGUCCGGAAUGGCUGCUACCAAUGGAUCAAGUGACUUGUAUUCAGAGAUGGAGGUGGACGCAUUUAGACGUCUUUUCCCUUUGCGCUAUCAUGAGCACCAUCUUCUUAAAUCUGUCCGACCUGAUGCCCGAAAGCUUGGAAGUGCUAGAGAUACAACACUUGCACUUGGUGCCGUUGCCUCUGCUGAUGGAUCGGCACUGGCAAAGAUUGGCUCCACUACGAUGCUGGCUGCCAUCAACAUGGAAGUCAUGACUCCAACUGUUGAAUGUCCAGAUGAGGGAUCCAUAGCUAUCGAAUUUCACAUGCCUCCCAUUUGUUCUCCUCUGGUUCGGCCUGGUAGGCCUGCGGAGGCAGCAUCAGUAAUUUCAAAGCAGCUGUCAGACACUAUCUUGAGUUCUGGCAUGAUUGACUUGAAAGAGUUGUGUUUGGUUGGAGGAAAAGCUGCAUGGAUGGCCUACCUGGACAUAUACUGUUUGGAUGCUGACGGUUCCCUGUUUGACGCUGCAUUACUAUCUGCAGUUGCUGCCUUUUCGCAUUUGAACAUUCCAGUAGUGUCUUUGAAUGAAGAUGGGCGAAUAGUUCUUGUUUCUGAGGACAAUGUCCAAUUGAAAUUGGAGAAGCAGCCUGUCAAUACAGAGAAAAGAAAACUCAAAUUGAACUCUCCACCAUUCUCCUUAACGUGCUUGCUUCACAAGAACUACAUCCUAGCAGAUCCUACAGCAGAGGAAGAAUCUAUAAUGGAAACGGCUGUAACUGUGGUAUUGGAUUCUUCUUACCAGCUUGUUUCACUUUAUAAACCAGGGGGGCCAGUUCUUGCCCAUACAUCAGUCAUCCAGGAUUGCGUCGUGCUGGCAAGACGCAGAUUGAAAGAGCUUCAGAGUGUCUUGAACGAAGCUAUUUCUGAUAUGGAAGUAGAGUGAAGUAGAUUUUCCUUGCACCAUAUAUAGCAUUCAGCAGACAGCUGGUUUCGUCUUAAGGAUCGAGUACCUGAACAGCUGAACUAGUGUCUAGUGUACCUUUUCGGGAAAAAAAUGCGUUAGAAAGGUAGCUCUCGUAGCCAUGGCUUGCAAAUUCAAUUUUGGUUGUCCAUUGAUUAUCAGUGGGAAAUGCAUAUUAUUUGUUUUGUUUUCUUAGUUGUUUACUGCUGCUUAGUAAUAGUGGUGACAAAUACGCGGAUUCGUACGGAUUGAUAGUGGAUUGAAUUGGGCAAGAUAUUAACCGAGUUAAAUGGUUUGAUCCGUAAGAUUUUUAUCAUUAAACUCAUUGUAUAAUUAUGUUCAGAUUUUAAAAUUUUAUAAGCUUUCACAUAUUAA